AUGUAAACUCUUUAUAAAAGACUACUUUAAUACAAGUAUAUUCCUGAAUAAUGUGAAAACUAGUUGAAAAGUUAUAAAUAUAAUGGAAUAGAUAAUUCGAUUCUAUAUAAUUAUAUAUUUGGUCCAUUAGCUGAAUAAUUUUUGAGACCGAAUACAGUAAAAAAAAAAAUUUAAAUAUAUAAUAUAAAAAUAUAAAAGAUAACAUUAAUAGGUUUCAUAUGUGUAAUGAUUCCUCAUUUACUCAUAUUAUGGAUAGCUCCAGGUGACGAAUCAAAAGAUAUUCCUAAAUGGCUAAUAAUUUUUACAGGGAUUAUGCAUUUAGUUUACAUGAAUUUCGAUAAUAUGGAUGGAAAACAAGCAAGAAAAACCGGUAAUUCAUCACCGUUAGGAUUACUUAUUGAUCAUGGAUGUGAUGCACUUAUUGUUACUAUCUAAGGAAUGAGUCUUUCUGCAUGUGUUGGUUUUGGAAAUAGUUAUUUAAUGUAUUCUUUAAAUUUGUGUGGAUCAGUACCUUUUUUUAUUACCACUUUAGAUGAAUAUUAUACUGAUAUAAUGUACCUUCCUUUAAUUAAUGGAGCUGCUGAAGGAUGCUUUUCUAUUGGAGUUGUUUAUUUAUUUACUGCUUAUAUGGGAAAUGAAUACUGGCUUAAAGAUAGUAUAUGGGGAUUAAAAAAUAAUAGUAUAACAGUUAUAGGAUUUUACGCAGCUUCGGUUUUCGCAACAUUAAAUAUAUUGUACAGAAUAUAUUAAGUAAAAGGAUUUGAAACACUAAAAAAAUUAAUAAAAAAUACUAGCCAAUUUUUUUUCAUUCAUUUUACAAUAACUUAUAUUUUUGCAUUUUCCCCUUCGAAUGUAAGCUUAUAAUAAACAAGAAUUCUCACAUAUAUAAGUGCAUUAUGCUGGUGUAGAGUCGUUGUAAUAAAUAAAUAAAAAAAAAAAUUUAAAAAAUUUAUUUUUAAAAUAGUCAAUAAUAUAAUUGUGUCACGAAAUACUGUUUAUGGAAAUAUUUUUGGUAAAUGCUUAGUAUGUGAAGCCACCUUACUUUACAUUGUUUUUAUCGUUUGUUUACUAUGUAAUAUUAAAAAUUAAUAAAUUAUAUAUAUAAAUAUUUUCAAAGCUUAUGCACACUUAGUUUAUAAUGGUACUAAUUAAUUAUGUGAUAUAUUAAAAAUAAAGGUAUUCCGAGUUAAAUAAAAAAUUUUAGAAAAUAAGAAAUAUUGA